AAAGACAUAGCAAUGCAAUAUAGAAACAGAAAAUGAGGCAAUAUUUAUAGAAACCAUCAUAUGGCUACCACAUAAACAAUAAUUGGGCAGGUGACAUGUCAUACACCAGUCUUUGGCUCCCAUGCCGCUGCACUGGCAACAUUCACCGGGUCAAGUUAAGUAUCACAUAACACCACCCAGAAAUAGCCCUGUCUACACAAACAACCUGCAUAAGUGCUUAUAUCUUUCGGGAGAAACCACCCUACUUAAAAAAAUCUAGUUAGAUCCAGUAUGGCUUAUGUAGCACCUAAAUUUAAGUGGCACAAACCAAAGGCGUACCGCAACGACGUGAUCGCCACAGCCAAGGCCUCGGGUUGUGUCCUGCAGUUCUGGAACUCUUUGCUUGUAGGUGAUGAGCUGACGAUUCUCAGCAUUGUGGGCGACGACGAGUAUGAGUACCUUAUUGAUGCCAUUUAUGACACCAGCAACAUAGAGGAAUGGAAGAACUUCAGAUUUAACUACAGAGGCCUGAGACUGUGGUCACUGAGUUAUGAGCAGGAGCUGACCACACCACUUCACAUCACAGCUGGCCGAGGCUUCACGGAGUGUCUGAGACUCCUGCUGCAGCGUGGGGCCAAUGUGGACCUGGCACCCGGAGGCACCACUGCUCUGCAUGAGUCCUGUGAAAACUGCCAGCCAGAGUGUACCAAACUGCUGCUGAUCCAUGGCGCCAACGCUAACGCUGUCACUGAAGACGGCCUUAUGCCUUUGCACUUUUGUACAAGCCCCGAAUCUGUUGAAUGUGCCAAGUAUCUCCUUCAGUACGGUGCAGCAAUCAAUGGUCGCACUCUAGAUGAAGGUGACACUCCCCUACAUGUGGCAGCCAGCAAUGGCCUCCCGGAACACACUGAGCUCUACCUGCGCUAUGGAGCUGCUGUGGACAAACGGAACAAUGAGGGUGUCACGCCCCUGAACGCUGCUUGUUCAGAACCCCAGGAGGUGCAGGAGCUUGAACGUUACUUCAAGGUGUGCCAGAAGCUGCUGGCGGCUGGGGCCAACGUCCACGCUAUGGACCAGGACAAACACACUGCUUUGCACAAGGCCUGUAAGAAUGUAAAUCCAGACAUAGUGGAUCUGCUGCUGGCUAACGGUGCCUGCGUUAACGACAUGGGCUACGGUGGCGAAGCCCCCAUGCACAACAUCCUGAAGGUGGUGUGCUACAAGGUUUCCCAUCACCCUGAAAGGAUCGUCCGUGCGCUGCUCAACCAUGGUUCUAUUCGGGUGUGGCCUGGAGCUCUGCCCAAGGUUUUGAAGCACUGCUGUGGAUCUCCACGCACCAUCGAAGUUCUUCUGAACGCCUACAGUCACCUCAAAGUCACAGACACCUGGGUUGAGUCUGUGUCAUCGGACAUGUUGAAGGAGCACAAAGAGUUCUAUGAGUCCAUCUUCUCUUUGGCACAGACUCCUCGCUCCCUGCAGCACUUGGCACGCUUCAGACUCAGGAGCUUCCUGGAGGGCCGGGUACACAAGGUGGUUCCUGAACUCGAUCUGCCCAUCUUCAUCAAGAACUACCUGCUCCUGGAGUACAGAGGCUAUGUCCACUGAAAGCACUUUGUGUGUAGCCUGUGCCAGUGUGGGUCCUGGUGCUGAUUGAAUGCUGCUACGUUUGAGGAAGAAGCAGCUGUUUACAAUAUAAUAAGUCAACAUCAUGAUUAAAAUAGUGACAUCAACCGUAGCACUAUACAGUACACUUAAUAUUUUUAAAUACAUUUUGUGCCACACAUUUCAGGAUGAAGAAGCAGUUGCUUGCUCUGUCACUUUUAUUCCAGUUACACGUUUGAUAGUGCACCACAAGAGGGAGCUAUAGACUAGAGUUGAUCAAAUACAUCACAGGUAUGCUAUUGUAUGUUUUUAUAUUUGUUUUAAAUGUAUGUACACUUUUGUAUCCUACUUCUGCACUUAAUAGUUAGUAGGCUAAGAUGCUUGCAUUUUUAUACAUAAUAAUUAUCAUGGUAGUUUGAUGUUAAUGUGCAUAGUGAUGAUGUGUUGUGCAUUAAGGAUUGCCUUAAAAUAUUUGUAUCAAUAAGUAUUCCCACCGGUAUGUAAUUAGGCGUUUUAUAUAAAAAAAUAAACGUUGUCAAAUAAAAUAUUCCACCAUG